CGCUCCCGUUUUCUGCUGCGCACAGACAGCCGGUGCGGGAGAGAGAGAGAGAGAGAGAGAGAGAGAGAGAGAGAGAGCUGCUGCUAUUACUAGUGACAGAAAACGGCAGCGAGCACAUACAGUCUGGAGAGCAGUUCAUGCGACAAGAUGCUGAGCGUCGCCUUGCUGUGCGUGUGCGCCGUCGCCUUCGGACACCACCGCGUCUCCGCUCGCUCAGACAGCGGCAAUUUUUUGGAUGAUAAGUGGCUCGCGGGGAGAUGGGAUAAAUUCAGAGAUGAAGUGGAGGAGCCUGGAACAUGGACUCCAUCCAAGCCCUUCGAUCAAGGCCUUGAUCCAGCCAAAGACCCGUGUCUCAAGAUCAAAUGCAGUCGCCACAAGGUGUGCGUGGCUGAGGAUUACAGGACUGCCUAUUGUGUCAGCCAGAGGAGAGUUAGUUUUAAAGAUGCCAAUUUGUACCAGAGUCCAGGGUCAAAGUGCAAACCCUGCCCCGUGGUGCAUCCCGCUCCUGUCUGCGGAACCGACGGCCACACCUACUCCACCAAGUGCAAGCUAGACUACCAGGCAUGCAUCACAGGAAAGAAGAUUGCUGUGAAGUGUCCCGGCAUGUGUCCUUGCCCGGCUCAGCCUGAACAGAGCUCUGCAGAGAAAAAAGUGUGCAGUGAGUCGGACCUAAAGGAAGUUGUGAGUCGUCUGAGAGACUGGUUCAGAGUGCUGCACGAGAACGGAAAUCACAAGAGAGUCAAGAUCCAGAAGCCCGAGAAGAACACAGAGUUUGAGGUCGGGGCAUCACCUAUUUGUAAGGACCCCCUGGGAUGGAUGUUCUCCCGGCUGGACACAAACUUCGACCUCCAGCUUGACCAAGCGGAGAUCAAGAGCCUCUACCUGGACAGGAACGAGCCGUGCUCCGACGCGUUCUUCAAAUCGUGCGACACACACGCCGACAAAGUCAUAACCAGCUCUGAGUGGUGCACGUGCUUCCAGAGGUACACAGAUUCCCCUUGUAAAGCAGAGCUGUCCAGUAUCAACAAAAAGCAAGCGGGGAAGAAACUGCUCGGUCAGUAUCUGCCGUCCUGCGAUGAAGACGGUUACUACAGGUCCCACCAGUGUCACAGCAGCAGCGGGCAGUGCUGGUGCGUGGAUCGCUAUGGCAACGAGGUGUCCGGCUCGCGCACCCACGGACCUGCAAACUGCGGAGUGAUUCUGGAGUCUUCCGGGGAUCUCGGCAGCGGAGACUCGCUGUUCACCGACGACGACGAAGACUCCUUCGUCCUCAACGACCAGGCAGGGAUGGACGACGAGGACGACGAGGACGAGGACGACGAUGACGACAACGACGAGUACCUGUCGUAAUUUUUUUUUUUUUUUUUUUUUUUUGGGAAAAAGAAAAAGAAAAAAAAGAGAAAACUGUUUGUUUGGUCAAACUGCACGUUUCUAGGUGACUUCCCAGGCAGAUUACUUAAUCGUACUAACAGCCUAUGGACUACUCUCUAUGUAUUGUUUGUUCAUUAGUAAGAAAAAAAAAAUAUUCCUGGCAAACGUUUAUGAUUUCUCUUCCUUCUCUAAGUAUAAAAAUAUGAUCGGUUCACCUGGCCACUCGUUCACCUGUGCGUCAGCCAACCAGAGAACAUGACAAGGACUAAAUCGGCAACCAGUCCAGCGCUUUGGAUUUGGUCACGUGUGCAAAGACCUCUCCCUUCAUUGGACAAGUCCAUGUCUUCUAGUGUGUCCUGUCCUUGUGCAGCACUCCGAUGCCUGAGUGUGUUGAUGCCUGAGGCGCAAUGUUAAAGAGAUUUACCCUCCUUCAUUCCUUCAUCCUCUCCUCUCCCCAAACCCCCUUUUACUCCUUAUCAAAUGCUCCUGUGUAUAGGUGGGAUGUUGAUGAUGUAGAUAAGAGAAUAUUGCACUCUUUAGGUUUCUUUUGAUCUUGAUUUGUAACUGUGACUGUAACUGUGUUGGAAAAAAACAAGAUAAGAGUUAGACAUGCUUCAUUAGGAGAAUUAAGGCAAAAAAAAAGAAAAACCCGUAGUGGAUAACAAUCAGAACCGACAUACUAGCUGUUUUCACAGAGACACAAAUCAAGUCAAAUCAUCUCAAAGGCUCGGCAACAAGGAAAGACAAAUUACCGCUUGGCCCGGUGGUGUUAAAGGGGGGGAAAAUAUUAUUAUCUAUUUUUCUAAUCCAUUGGUGGAUGAAUACAGAAGAUGAAACAGAUUUGUCGUAGCAUGUCUAAUACUGCGUGAUGUUGUUUCAGUCUGUAGAACCAGAGGCUAAACCUUUGUGGGAAAUCAAAUAUAUAUAUAAACACACACACAUAUAUAUAUAUAAUGGGAGCUUGAGGGUGAAAAAUUCCCUUAGCCGUGUACAGAUGAAACUGCACUUGCAUAGUUAUAAACUUCUCGAACCACGAGUCUGUGUGAUUAAAGAAAAAACAACAAUAAAAAAAACGUGUUUACUUACCUUUAAUACAUCAGCGAGCUCCAACGUUGAGUUUUGAUGUUUUAAAUUCUUGGACUUUAAACGUGUUCGACAGAAUAAAUCUCUCGCACAGUCAGUAAUGAAACCACAGAGCCAUGGAGACCUGUUGAAAAUGUCUGGCAGGGGGGGUAAAAGGUAAGGUGUGCCUUUUACUGGUGGAGGACAGACGGAUGGUGGGAAUAGUGGGAGAAGAAGCAUGCUUACCGGACCGACCUAAGCUCGUCUUAAGAGUGGCUUCACCGUCAAGCUUCGGAUACUACAUUUUGGGUUUUGGUAUGGCUUGUGUUUUGGGUCUCUCUUAUGAUGGUGUUUUAAUAGGCCAUAUUUCAGAUCUCUUGAUUUGUUCAAAUAGGAUAGCUAGAAUGUAGAAGAAGCACAGAAAUAAUAACAGUUAAGGCAUAAAAACACUUAGAUCCUGCUGGAUUUGAAAAACGGUUUAUAUAUUAGUACACUGACUAGAGGAAGCUUUGGUUUAGACAGCUUUAUAUGAAAAAAAAUGAAAAAAAGAUGAUCAUCUUACAGUGUUUUUUGCUUUUAAUUUGUUUAAUGCUUGAUUUAUACCCGAUCUGCUCUAACUACUUAUAGUGUAUAUCUGUCAGGGUUGAAUACUGAUCCCAGAUUUGUGCAUUCUUGAUGAGUCCUGUGACUUUUUAUGCAGACCUGGGAUUUUGCUGAGCCUCCUAUGUUAAUUUACAAUUAUUAAUCUGCCAUCGGGCUUCAUUUAAUAAAUCAAACAUCUGUUGAAAUUCCAUGUUAAGACCUGAAAAGUGCCAUCUAACUGUUAAAUAGUUAGUUUUUUUGUUUGUUUGUUUGGGUUUUUUUGUUUUUUUUUGCUCCCCUCAUUACUUUUUAACUUGGAAUUUCAAUUCACUUUACGAACUGGAUAAGAAAUAACACAUUUCAGUCUUUAAAGUGUGCCGUUUCAUGAGUGUGAUGACAUGCAAAAUCAUUUUGAUGACCUCAGACACUGUAGCCACUCUCAACUCAAUCACACACUGUCAUCACAGCUCUGAUAGUGUUUUAAGGAUAUGAUACAGAUGCAUUUUUUACAGUGUAUGUAUGAUUUGCUGAAAUAAAAGCUAUAUUGACCAAUG